AUGAAUUCAGUUGCCAAAGGAAACGAAUACGAAGACGAAAUACAAAAAAAACUAAGCUACAAUGUUGAGUGCUAUAAAAUUAGAACUGGAAGCGCGUCGUGGCCACAGUUUGCGAAAGUUACCAGUCAAGUAACCAGACUUGGCGAUAUGUGUAUAGAUAUCGUUUGCGGCGACGGAGGAGUUGAUCUUAUGGGCAACUUUAAAGGGUACCUCCUCCUGAUACAAUGUAAGAAUUAUUCCGAAAGCACGAAAGUGGGUGUGGACCUCAUUUACAAGCUUGAGGGAGUAAUGAGCAAAUAUCCGGCAAAAACGUUACACCCGGAGAGCAAUUGA